UAUAGCCGGAUACUGUGCUGGAAACUUCCUGUAUCGCUGUUGGGUGGGACAGCGCUGACAUUCAUUUUUUACCUGCUAGAUUUGGGACAUAUUGUACCAAAAUGCCGGCUUACCACUCAAACCUGAUAGAUGCAGACACCAAACUGGUGGGGAAUAUGGCAUUACUGCCCCUCAAAACACAGUUUAAGGGUCCUGCUCCUAAAGAAACAAAAGACACAGAUAUUAUCGAUGAGGCCAUCUACUACUUCAAAGCCAAUGUUUUCUUCAAGAACUAUGAAAUUAAGAAUGAGGCAGAUCGGACUUUGAUCUACACCACUCUUUACAUCUCUGAAUGCCUCAAGAAGCUCCAGAAGUGCAGUUCAAGGGGCCAAGGAGAGAAGGAGAUGUACACGCUGGGAAUUACCAACUUUCCUAUCCCUGGAGAACCUGGCUUUCCUCUGAAUGCCAUGUAUGUUAAACCCUCUAGCAAACAGGAGGAAGAAACGAUGAGGGCUUACCUGCAACAAAUCCGACAGGAGACAGGACUGAGAUUGUGUGACCGUGUGUUCGACCCUCAGACAGACAAACCAAGCAAGGUGAGGCAUAUUGAAAUAUUAUCAGUCAAAUCAAGGUGA